AUGGCACCUGCAGAAAUGAGUGAAUUGAAGGAUCAACUGCAGGAUUUGCUAAAUAAAGGAUAUAUUAGACCAAGUGCAUCACCUUGGGGAGCUCCAAUGUUGUUUGUUAAGAAGAAAGAUGGGGGUAUGAGGUUGUGUAUUGACUAUAGAGAGUUGAAUAAAGUCACUAUAAAGAACAAGUACCCAUUACCAAGGAUUGAUGAAUUAUUUGACCAAUUGAGGGACACAUCUGUGUUUUCUAAGAUUGAUUUGAGGUUAGGAUACCAUCAGUUGAGAAUUGCGUAUGAAGAUAUCCCUGAGACAACAUUUAGGACAAGGUAUGGGCAUUACAAGUUCACAGUGAUGCCAUUUGGGUUGACGAAUGCUCCAGCAAUCUUUAUGGACUUGAUGAACAGGGUGUUCCAUCCAUUUACGGACAAGUUUGUCGUAGUGUUCAUAGAUAAUAUACUGAAAGACUAUAAGUUUGAGUGGAAUGAGAAGUGUGAAGAGGCAUUCCAACUCUUGAAGGAAAAGCUGACUACUGCACCAGUGUUGGCAUUACCAGAUAAUAAUGGUGUCUAUGAUAUGUAUAGUGACGCAUCCAAAAAUGGUUUAGAAUGCGUGCUUAUGCAAAAUGGUAAGAGAGAUUUGAACUUGCGCCAAAUAAGGUGGAUGGAGUUUGUCAAGGACUACGAAGUAGAUAUCCAGUACCAUGAGGGAAAAGCAAACGUAGUUGUCGAUGCUCUAGGUCAAAAAUCAAGCCAUGGAGUGAAUACUUUGGUAGUGGCCGACGAAUUGUGCAGGGAAAUGAGUAAAAUGAACUUAGAAGUAGUGGAAAUAGGGGCGGUGGAAGGGAUGCUUGCAAAUCUGAGUAUCCAACCAACGAUAUUUGAUGAGAUAAGAGAGAAUCAAGCAGGAGAUGUUAAGUUGGACAGGAUUCGUGAGAAAAUCGAGCGGAAACAGGCUACAGAUUUCAAGAUUCGUGAGGAUGGAAGCUUAAGGUACAAAGGUAGAUGGUGUGUCUCUCAAAAGUGCGAUGAAAUAAAGAGGAAGUUGAUGGAAGAAGGGCACAAUACACCUUAUUCAAUGCAUCCUAGAGGAGACAAGUUGUAUAAGGACUUAAAAAAGGUGUAUUGGUGGCCUAGGAUGAAAAAUGAAGUUGUAGAAUUUGUGGCGAAGUGUUUAACCUGUCAGAAAGUAAAGAUCGAACACAAGAGACCACAAGGAACCGUGCAACCAUUAGAUGUUCUGGGAUGGAAAUGGGAUAUUAUUUCAAUGGAUUUUGUUACUUGCCUCCCAAAGUCGAAGAGUGGGAAUGAUACCAUUUGGGUUGUAGUGGAUAAACUUACCAAAUCCGCAGUGUUUAUACCAAUGAAGGAGACCUAG